AUGUCCUCGCAAUCCACCAGCGCAUCGGGGGACGCCCGAAUACGCCGCGAGCAGUACCACGAGGCCGAUGUCGUCGUCGUCGGCGCAGGCAUCUUUGGAUGCGCCAUUGCGUAUGCCCUCGCCGACCAGGGCCGUUCAGUUCUGCUACUUGAGCGAUGGAUGACGGAACCUAAUCGAAUUGUCGGAGAAUUACUACAGCCCGGUGGCAUCGCUGCAUUGAAGCAGUUGGGUCUUGGCCACUGCGUCGAUGGCAUCGAUGCCAUUCCCUGCAAAGGCUACAACGUCAUAUUCAACCACAUCCCGUCGCUGAUUCCGUACCCGACCAUAGACGACGACGGCAACGUUAUAUAUGCUUGGGGUGGACAGGGCAAAGAGGGAAAGCGACCUGAGGGACGAUCAUUCCACCAUGGCAGGUUCAUCAUGCAACUAAGACGGGCUUGUCUUGCUCACGAGAAUAUCACCGUUGUGGAAACCGAAGUAAUCAAGACCCUGCGCGGCGAAUACACAGACCAAAUUUUGGGUGUCGAAACCCGAACCAAGGAUCCGGAAACUGGCGCGAAGAAGCCUGAUUACUUCUUCGGCCAGUUGACAAUCAUCGCCGACGGCUACAAGUCGGUUUUUCGCAAGGAAACCAUUGGCGACAAGAAGCCCAUUGUCAAGAGUAAAUUUUACGCACUAGAGCUCAUCGAUACUACUUUACCGCAACAAAACUACGGGCACGUCGUCAUCGGAAAGAAUACAUUCCCGACCUUGUUAUACCAAAUCGGUACACAUGAGACUCGCGCGCUCUUCGACGUACCUACAGGUAUCCCAGCGGCAUCACCCGCGGCUGGCGGUGUCCGCAACUAUAUAAAAAACGUGGCGAUUCCCGCUCUCCCACCGUCAGUUCGACCCGCUGCCCUCAAGGCCCUCGAAGACGGCAAGAUCCCGCCCAGCAUGCCCAACAGCUGGCUCCCCCCGACAAAGCAGAUCCCCAACGGACUCAUUCUCCUCGGCGAUGCGUUCAACAUGCGACAUCCCCUCACCGGCGGAGGCAUGACCGUCGCUUUCAACGACGCUCUCCUCCUAUCACGACUCCUCGACCCGUCAAAAGUACCCAAUUUUGAAGACUCCAAGGCCAUCAGGGCAGCCGUCAACGUCUUCUACUGGCGUCGCAAAAACAUCACCUCCAUCGUCAAUGUCCUCGCACAAGCUCUGUACACGCUCUUCGCCGCAGACGACCGCCAGCUACACGCCCUUCAGCUCGGCUGCUUCGAGUAUUUCCAGCGUGGCAUGACCGACGGACCGUGCGGUCUCCUCGGUGGCAUUAUCCAGCGCCCUGCCGUCUUGGCAUACCACUUCUUCUCGGUUGCGUUUCUGUCGCUGUGGUUGAAUGCCCUGGCUAUCUGUGCUGGUCCCCUUGGCAUCUUCAAGGCUCCGCUGGCGCUGAUUGAUGCAGUCCUCAUUCUGUGGAAGGCCAGUUGUGUGUUUUUGCCGCUCGUAUGGCGCGAGGGCUUUCAGUAA